GCUGGAAGCCGGCUGGCUCCCGGCAGCCAAUGGAAGCGUGGCCCGAAGGGCGGCUCCUGCCCACCGAGGCGAGGGUGCUUCAGCGGCUGCGGGUCGCCGCGCAAAGGCGGCUGGCUGGACCGACGGCUUGGAGGAGUCUGGCAGGCAGGCGGGAGUGCAGCGCUCCGCCUCGUCCAUCAUGCGGGCGCCACCGAGCCGACCCUGAGCUUCUCGGCGCGUCCUGCCGCCCUGCCUCCGUUGGCAUUUCUCAUUUAUCUUCCCAUUGCGCGGUGCGCUCCUCCGCUAGAGGCAAGCGGAGCAUUACGGCCGCCUAGCCAGCCAGCGCUAACGGCGCGUCCUCCCGGGAUGGAGCUGGAGGCCUCGCUGGAGCAGUCGGUGCAGACACGCAUCUUCAAGAUCAUCGUCAUUGGCGAUUCCAACGUGGGCAAGACCUGCCUGACGGUGCGCUUCUGCGGCGGUGCCUUCCCGGCCAGCACCGAAGCCACCAUCGGCGUAGACUUCAGGGAGAAGGCGGUGGAGAUUGAGGGCGAGCAUAUCAAGGUGCAGGUCUGGGACACAGCAGGCCAGGAGAGGUUCCGGAAGAGCAUGGUGGAGCACUACUACCGCAAUGUGCAUGCUGUCGUCUUUGUCUAUGAUGUCACCAAGAUGGCUUCCUUCCUCAACCUCAAGACCUGGAUUGAGGAGUGCAAUGGCCACGCAGUCCCUGCCCUUGUCCCAAAGGUGCUUGUGGGGAACAAGUGUGACUUGCGGGACCAGAUCCAGGUGCCAUCCAGUGUGGCCCUGAAGUUUGCCGAUGCACACAACAUGCUUUUAUUUGAAACCUCAGCCAAGGACCCCAAAGAGAGUCAGAAUGUGGAGUCUAUUUUCAUGUGUCUGGCUUGCCGGCUGAAGGCCCAGAAGUCUCUGCUUUAUCGGGACAUGGAGAGGCAACAGGGGAAGGUGCCGAAGAUGGCGCUCAUGCCUGAGGGAAGCAGCAAAAAUGCCUGUCCCUGCUGAACUGUUGAGGUGGCAAUUCCAACCAUUUAGUGUGUGUGUGUAUGUGUGUGUGUGUGAGUGAGAAGGGCAAAUAGUUUUGUGCCUCCAUAAACUGAACCGAGACCUGCUUGUCUCAAAUGAAGUUAAAUGUUAAAUUGAUAAUAAAAUUUGUAUGGCUCACAA